UUUAGUCUAAACAACAAUAAAGGAACUUCCUUUCUACACUUUUCCUGCUUUGGCAUAUAGAGAGGGAAAGGACCAAUUUAGAAAAGAGAGACAAUGAGUGACAUUGAGGGAUCUCCAGGAAGUUCCAUGCAUGGAGUCACCGGAAGGGAACCGGCUUUUGCCUUAUCAGUAGCUUCACCAAUGGUCCCAACUGAUACAACAGCUAAGUUUGACUUGCCUGUGGAUUCGGAGCACAAAGCCAAAGUCUUCAAGCUUUUUUCUUUUGCUAAUCCCCACAUGAGAACUUUUCACUUGUCAUGGAUCUCCUUCUUCACUUGCUUCGUCUCCACCUUUGCUGCCGCACCCCUUGUUCCCAUUAUUCGUGACAACCUCAAUUUAAAGAAGCAAGAUAUUGGGAACGCUGGGGUUGCAUCUGUUUCCGGUAGUAUAUUUUCAAGGCUAGUGAUGGGUGCUGUUUGUGACCUUUUGGGACCUCGUUAUGGUUGCGCAUUUUUGGUCAUGUUAUCAGCUCCAACCGUCUUUUGCAUGUCGUUUGUUUCGGACGCUGGAGGGUAUAUCGCUGUUCGGUUCAUGAUCGGCUUCUCCCUAGCUACAUUUGUGUCUUGCCAGUACUGGAUGAGCACGAUGUUUAAUAGCAAGAUCAUUGGGCUGGUCAAUGGAACUGCAGCCGGAUGGGGUAACAUGGGAGGAGGUGCAACUCAGUUGUUGAUGCCCUUAGUUUAUGACAUUAUUCGUCAUGCUGGAGCAACUCCAUUCACUGCUUGGAGAAUCGCUUUCUUCAUUCCUGGAUGUCUUCAUAUCAUCAUGGGGAUCCUGGUCUUAACACUUGGCCAGGACUUGCCCGAUGGGAACCUAAGCAGUCUACAAAAGAAGGGUGAUGUUGCUAAGGAUAAAUUCGGCAAGGUGCUAUGGUAUGCCAUCACAAAUUACAGGACCUGGAUUUUUGUCCUUCUUUAUGGCUACUCUAUGGGAGUUGAACUAUCAACAGAUAAUGUCAUUGCUGAAUAUUUCUUUGACAGGUUCGAUCUCAAACUCCACACAGCCGGAAUUAUUGCUGCUACCUUUGGUAUGGCAAACAUUGUUGCUCGACCCUUCGGUGGUUAUGCUUCGGACAAAGCAGCCCAGUUGUUUGGGAUGAGAGGCAGGCUGUGGGUCCUAUGGAUCCUGCAAACAUGUGGAGGUGUCUUCUGCAUCUGGCUAGGCCGUGCCAAUACACUUCCCGUUGCUGUCUUGGCAAUGAUCCUCUUCUCCAUUGGAGCUCAAGCUGCGUGCGGAGCCACUUUUGGGAUCAUCCCAUUCAUUUCACGACGAUCUUUGGGAAUCAUUUCAGGUCUAACAGGUGCAGGUGGAAACUUCGGGUCCGGACUGACGCAGCUAAUAUUCUUCUCAACCUCAAGAUUUUCCACAGCGGCAGGUCUUACUUGGAUGGGAGCCAUGAUCGUGGCUUGCACUCUUCCCGUGAGCCUGGUUCAUUUCCCCCAGUGGGGUAGCAUGUUCCUUCCGCCUUCAAAAGAUGAAAACAAAUCCACCGAAGAACAUUACUACUCCUCAGAGUGGAACGAGGACGAAAAGAAACAGGGCAAGCACUCCGCAAGUCUCAAGUUUGCCGAGAACAGCAAGUCUGAGCGUGGAAAGCGCGUGGCCUCAGCACCAACCCCGCCCAAUGCAACACCGUCCCAGGUUUAACCUAUCCAGGCGUGGAACAGUAGAUAUUACAAAUUAAUCUUUCUUGUUGAAUAAUGGGAAGGGUUAUUGUACCGUGUUGUAUUCUGAAUCUGAACCUUUGCCUUUUCAUCUCUUUUGCUUCUUGGGAAGCGCUUCUUGUGUUGUUUAGAUGCAACAUUAAUACUAUUAUAAUAUCCAUAACUAGGAUUCCAAGUUAUUGAAGAAAAGAAUCUAAAUGGGAAUUGUUUA